UGAGGGGCAACCGCGGGCUGACUCUUACACUUUCCCUUCACCUCCUAUCAGAGCCGGGACAACUUUUUUCUUCCCUUUGCCCUUGCCCCUUUCAGCUAUUAAACUGCAGCCAACAUCAGGGUGUCCCCGCCGCCAGCGAGGCCCCCUCGGGGUGGGCGGUCCGAGGCUGGGGCGGCCGCCGGCCGGGCCGGAGGGCUCAGCUCGCCCGGGGACCCCGCCCCUGGCUCUGCGCCUCCCUAUCUCCUCUGCCAGCUUACUGUUUUUAAUUUGAAAAAAUCCUCCCCUUCCGUCUCCCUCUCCCGCCUCCUCUUCUUUCCUUUCCUCUGUGGAUAAAAUUAGAUCCUGCAUCUGGUGUCGCCGGUGCCCAGCGGUCUGCGGGGCGGGCGGAUUAAUUGUAAUUCUUCAAAAUGUCAGGUGUAGUCAACACAGCCCCUGAGCAGCCUGCAGCUGAAAUGGAAAAUCAAGUGAAAUACCCAGAUCCAAGGCCUGAUGCUCCUCCUGAAUACAAUUCUCAUUUUGUACCAGGACCACCAGGACCAGCUGUCCGUCCACCUGCAGGCUACCCAGGAGGCUUGCCUAUGGGAUACUACGGUCCACAGCAGCCCAGUACCUUCCCUCUGGGCCAGCCAACCACUGGAGCCAAUCCUAUCCAGUAUCAGCCUGGCAAAUACCCUAUGCCGAAUCAGCCUGUUUCCAUUGCGUGGAUGCCAGGGCCACCUCCUGUGCCAAACUGCCCUCCUGGUCUGGAAUACUUAACUCAGCUGGACAACAUACAUGUUUUUCAGCAUUUUGAGCCUCUGGAAAUGAUAACACGUUUUGAAACUAAUAAUAGAUACGAUAUUAAAAACAACGCAGACCAAAUGGUUUAUAUUGUAACUGAAGACACGGACGACUUUACCAGGAAUGCGUACCGGACACUAAGGCCCUUCGUCCUCCGGGUCACUGACUGCAUGGGCCGGGAAAUCAUGACAAUGCAGAGACCUUUCAGAUGCACCUGCUGUUGCUUCUGCUGCCCCUCAGCGAGGCAAGAGCUGGAGGUGCAGUGUCCCCCUGGUGUCACCCUUGGCUUUGUUGCAGAACAUUGGAAUUUGUGCAGGGCGGUUUACAGCCUCCAGAAUGAGAAGAAGGAAAAUGUGAUGAGAGUGCGGGGGCCGUGCUCAACCUACGGCUGUGGUUCAGACUCUGUUUUUGAGGUCAAAUCCCUGGACGGUGUCUCCAACAUUGGCAGCAUCAUUCGGAAGUGGAAUGGUUUGUUAUCCGCCAUGGCGGAUGCCGACCACUUUGACAUCCGCUUCCCGAUGGACUUGGAUGUGAAGAUGAAGGCCAUGAUUUUUGGAGCUUGCUUCCUCAUUGACUUCAUGUAUUUUGAAAGAUCUCCGCCACAACGUUCAUCAAGAUAGAGGCAAGCAGCAGCUCACCGAUCAAUAUAGUUAAUAAAAAAAUGAUAAAAGUUGAGUUAGGCUUACAGUCGAUCCUCAAUUACUUGCAAGUAUUAUUUUCUGCUUUGCACAUUAUCGUUAUUGAGUAUUAGCUUUAAGAGGUAGGCUAAGAGUCUGACUGUAAAAAUGAAUACAAUCUAAACAUGUGUUUCAUCCUGAAAGCCUAUGACUCAAAAUAUGACAAACAGUUCAAACGUUAUAAACAUGAAAUAUGGGAAAAUGAAUCCCUGAGCUCUCACAUUAUUAGGUAGUGAGAUGUGGCCUUUUAGGGCAAUCUUUGUGGGGAUAAAAUAACAUGGUUUCUGUCUUGGAUGCUCUCCUACCUCCCUUCCAUCAUCAUAUCCUGUUACAGGAGACAAGCUUGAUUCCAUAGGAAAAGAACUGUUUCUUUAUCUUUCAAAAGAAAAAGAAAAGCAGACAGAAAUAUUAUGUUUCAUUGUAUCAGGAAAGUUUCCUUGGGCACCUACAUCAGAACCUCAUUCUGUGAAAUUUAUAAAAGUUUCACUGGGAAAUGGAAUUUUAUUACAAAAUAAAACAAUCUUUUUUUUAAUCUUAACACUUAGAUUUUCCCUCAUGGUCUGGCAUGGACAUCUAGGAGCUGCCUGUACGUGGCGGUAGGAUCAGUCUACCAGGAUAGGUGCUGGCCAUAGUCAUAGCCAGUCAAGAGCAAAUGAGAGACAUCAGUUUCCUUAUAAGAAACUUGCGUUUAGGCUCGGCACCCAUAGCUCAGUGGUUAGGGCACCAGCCACAUACGCCAGAGCUAGGGGUUCAAAUCCAACCUGGGCCUGCCAAACAACAACAACCACAACAAAAAAAUACCUGGGCACUGUGGUGGGCACCUGUAGUCCCAGCUACUUGGGAGGUUGAGGCAAGAGAUUCGCCUAAGCCCGAGAGCUGGAGGUUGCUGUGAGCUGUAAUGUCACAACAUUCUACCAAGGGCAACAUAGUGAGACUGCCUCAAAAAAAAAAAAGACGCUUGCAUUUCAUACAUUUAUAUGUAAUACAUUUAUCACUUAACAUACAACCUCUGUUGGUCACAGAUGCCUUAUAUGCAUAUGAAUUGUGUGUAGCUGAAUCUCUGAAAUUGCCUUUGUACCUGGGUAGCCCAUGUGCUAAGAUACAGAAAACAUAAAUGUUUUUUCUUUCAAAAGGAUCUUUCAUGACCACAAUACUGUUCUAAUGAAAAGAAUUAGAGUUAUGUUUCUAAAUUUCGAAAUGUGACAUUUCAUGCAGCACUUGAUAAAAGCAAAAGACUCAAGAUUCUGAUGCUGAUGAAUGCUGCUUUGCUGCUUGUUAUUUACAUGACAGAUAAAUACAUAUAUAUGCAAAGUAAUAAAAACAGAAAUUAUGCUACUUCUCUGACAUCUAAAGCUUAUCAGUAAACAUUGUAAAAGCCCAACAAUAACGUGUCAAUUGGUCUUGCAUGUACUAAUUAAUUAAAGGCAUAAUGUGUAAGUGAAUUUGCUCUGAUUAAAGUGCCUCUAUUGCAUUUUAGCUUUCUGCUUGGACACAGGCUGUGGACUGUGUUUUUUUUGACAUAUGUGUAUAACAUGUUGCUUACAGCUGCAAUAUAUUUUUCAGUAAAAAAUUUUAUACUUUGGGCAAUUCACAUUACAAUUUUGAUAGUUUUUAGUGGCAUCUUAUUGUGUAAAACUGGUCGGGUUGAUAAAAAAAAUGGCAGGCAGUGUGUAGAAUGGGAUGCAUUCCUUAUCUGUUCUUUAUUACAUAAAGAAAGACUGGUCGCAGAUGGGUUUAUUUUGAGAUGAGGGCCUUAGCCCACAGUUCUUUUUGAAAUAAAAUAAAGGUGCUCUGUUUUUAAACGAUAUUCCUCUUUUCAUGGUAAAGUUGUUUUACUCAAUUUCUUGUAAUGUGCAUUUUUACAUGCUGCUGCUAGCUUUUUUUGAAAAAUGUAAAAGCUGCUUUAUAAAAUAUUAAUUGCCUUAUAUUUGAGAACACAAUUGCAAUGUUAGACAGACAUAUGCAUCUCCUAUAAUGAUGGGUGACAUUCAGUAUGGGAAAAUCAGACAAAUAAUAUUCAGAAAAUGUAUCUAUACAAACUUUUGAUUUUUACUUGCCUAAAUCCCUGUAUUUCAAGACCUGCUGCACAAAUGCUAGAAUAAGAUAUGACAUUUAAAAUUUCUGUGUAAAGUUUUGUGGUAUUAACAUGUCUUACCUGUCUCUUACAGUUACAAUUUCACUUCCUCUAAAACGUAAUGUCAUGCACAGUAUUUUGCAAUACAAUUUAUGUUAUAAUUUCUGUAUUCCUUAGUGGUAUCUCAUUGUGUAAAAUUGAUUUAAAAACACACAGGAGCUAUUUUAUUAAACUUGUGAUUUUCUGAUUUCUUAUAUUUCUUGUGGCUUUUAAAUAAAUAGGAUAUGGUUAAUGGCAAAA